AUGGCGGCCGGGCGGGUUGUGAAGGAUGAACCUGAGGAGGAUGAUUGGAGAGCUGGGGAGGGGGGGAGUGAGGAGGAGAGUGAGGAGGGGAGUGAGGAGGAGAGUGAGGGGGAAAGUGAGGAGGAAAAUGAGAAGGAGCGUGAGGAGGAAAUUGAUGAGGAGAAUGCGGAGGAGAGCGAGGAGGUGGAGAGGGAGGAGGAGGAGGAGGAAAGUGACGAGGAGACCGAGGAAGAAAAUGAGGAGAAGAAUGUGGAGGAGAAGAAGAUUGUAGAGGAGAAAACUGAGGAAAUAAUUGAGAAGGAUGAAGUGAACGAGGACGAGGAAGGUGAGGAAGAGGGAGAGGAGAAGGAGGGAGAGGAGGAGGAGGAGGAGGGAGAGGGGGAGGAGGGAGAGAGGGAGGAGGGAGAGGAGGAGGAGGGAGACGGGGAGGAGGGAGAGGAGGAGGAGGGAGAGGAGGAGGAGAAGGAAGAGGAGGAGGAGGAAGGGGAGGAGGAUAAUGAAGAGGAGGAAGAUGAUGAGGAGAAGGAGGAGGAGGAGAAGGGGGAGGAGAAGGGGGAGGAGAAGGAAGGGGAAGAGGAGGAGGAGGAGGAGGAGGAGGAGGAGGAGGAGGAGGAGGAGGAGGAGGAGGAGGAGGAGGAGGAGGAGGAGGAGGAGGAGGAGGAGGGAGUGGAAGGAGGGCGAGUGGAGGAACAGCAGAAGGAUUCACCUCCGUCACAGAAAGAUCCGAGAAAGAAGAAAGUCCAGCCCCCCGUUUCCAACAUGCAGAACUCUCGCACCCUCCUCGCCCUGCGCACUGUUGCGGGGCAGCAGGCGUGGGGAGAGAGGGUGCAGAAAAGAGGGGGAACGGCGCACGAGACGGACGCGGAGGGGAGAGGCAAGAGCGGUGGGGCUAAGAUCGCCCGUCGCUCUGACCGUCCCUCUUCUGCUGGUGCUGCUGCUGUUGCUUGGCGGCAUUUGGAUUACGGCAACGAUCUCACCGCCCUCAUCGCAGACGGGCGGCGCGGCCGGAGUGCCGCCCGCACGCUGGGCUUCCGGGGCGGCUGCAUUCGUCUGCCAGCGGUGCACCGGCAGAUGCUGAGGCGGCUUUUAAGGAGGAUGAUGUUCCGAGGGGAGGUGGAGCAGGCAGCAGGCGUGCUGGCGGCUCUGAUGGAUGCGGAUAAGGACGCUGAAGUCACAAGACGGGCUGUGGAUGAACCGAUAUGGCUCGAGUCUCAGGUGAGGGAAAGGCAGGAGGUGCAGCAGGCGGCAGGCGUGCUGGCGGCUCUGAUGGAUGCGGGUAAGGAUGCUGAGCAAGCGCUCGUUCUGCUGCGAGAGCUGUGGCGCAAGGGCUUCAGCAGCAGAGGCAGUGGGAGCGUUGGUGGUGGUGCUGCUGCUGGUGGUGGUGGUGGUGGUGGUGGCAGCAGCAGCAGCAGCAGUGAGCGGCGGAGGGCAGAGAGGAGGCGACUGGUGGUGUUCAUGCGAGCGAUAGCUCUCAAGCAAGAGGACGAUGUGAGUGGUGAUGGGGGGAAUAUGGCUGCUGGUGCGUAUGGGUAG